AUGAUUAAUAAUUUAACAGCAACAGUUAGUAAUGAUUCGGAAACAUUGAAUAAUAUUUGUCAACGUUGUUCAUCAUCUAUAAAACAAGUAGAAGAUGAUGAUGUAUGUCCAAUUUGUUUUGAACAAUGGACUAUUUCUGGUCAACAUCGAGUUGUUUCUACUUAUUGUGGACAUUUAUUUGGAAAAAUAUGUAUUGAAAAAUGGCUUCGUACAACACCGAAUUGUCCUCAAUGUCAAUCAAGAGCAAAACGACGAGAUUUACGUCGAAUUUAUUGUCGAACAAUUCAAGCUGUAGAUACAAGUGAAAGAGAUAAUGCUAUAAGAGAACGAGAUUUCGAAAGAAAAACAAGACGAAAACUUGAAUAUGAAAAAGCUGAACAACAAUUAGCUUAUGAUACACUCAGAGAACAAUUUAAACAUUUACAAAUAGAAAAUGAUCGUCUAUUAAAAUUAACCCAACGUAUGAAUAAUAUCGAAACAACGACAAAUGAAUCUUUACGACUAUUACCAAACGGACCUGCUCCCAUACCUUCGAUCAAUAUUCAAUUAGAAACAGUUAUUAAAAUACCAGAAGGACUAUGCCGUGUUCUUGCCUAUGUUCCAUCACAUCAAUGGUUAUUUAUUAGUCAACCAAAAAAUAAUGCUUUACAUCGUGAUUACGGAAUUAAAAAAAUCAAUCUAGUUAAUAAUAUUCAUACAUCAGAAUACAUAUCAUUACAUCAUACAAAACCUAUUCGUGAUAUUCAAUUACAUGGUGAUUUCAUACUUUCUUGUAGUUGGGAUAAAACACUUCGUAUAUACAAUUAUAUAGAAAAUACUUCUAAUCUUGUAUGUGAAUGUACAGCACAAGUAUGGAGUUGUGCAUGGAAUCUUGAUGAUCCAAAUAUAAUUUAUGCUGGAUUGAAUAAUGGUCAAAUUCAAGUAUUUGAUAGACGACAAGUUUAUCAAAAUGAAACAUUAAGUUUAUCAAGUACAUCACCAAUUCUUUGUCUUGAAUAUAUAACAAAAAAUUCGAAUUUUAAUUCAAGUGGUUUACUUGUUGGAAGUAAUGAUAAAAGUGGAUUUUAUCAAUAUAUAUCAAAUAGUGAACAUCAUUUUUAUGAAUUACCACUUAAUAAAAAUCUAUUUGGUCUUCAUUAUAAUUCAACAACAAAUCAUUUACUAGCUUCAUUUCGUCCACAAUCAAAUCCAACACGUUAUGAAUUAUAUAAAUUAAUAAUAAAAUCUGAUCCAUCAUUUAAUAUUUCUUUGCAAUUAAUUCAAACAUUUAUAGGAUCAAGUAUAAAUUUGAUUUUAUCACGAUCAAAAAUUCUUGAUAAAAAUUUUCAAAUUUAUAUUAUUACUUCAGAUAAUGGAUCACAUGGUAUCGAAUUAUGGAAUAUUCGUCAAUCAAUAGAUAAACCUUCGUUUAAACUAUCUACUCAAUGUGAUAUUAUUGAUAUAUGUUUAACACAAGAAUAUUUAUGUUUAUUAGCUGAUAAUCAAAUUCGAUUGUAUAAAUGGACAUAA